UUUUGUGAUUUUCUAAAUUAAUUUGAAGUAGGGGACCAAUAUCCAAAUUAAAAUGCAUGUGGAGUGGUUUUCGAAUAGACUAGAGAAACAAAAGCAAAACUGCAAUUUGCUAAGCAAGGACCACAAUGGAGUUUCACAGCAAUUCAUGGAAACUUGAAGAGUUACAACUAAACAACAAUUCAAUGCAAGACCUUCAUGUUUCUGCCAUUGGAAGAACUGAACCCACCAUGAAGGAGGAGGUGGAGAGAUCUCAACUAGGUGUUAAACACGAAGUUGCGAAUACUGUUCUUCAGGUUGAGAACAUGAUGUUGGAAGCAAAAGGUAGAGAUUCAGAACUUGACCAACGUGUUCGGGAACUCAUUGACGAACUACAGGAUCUUGUUAGUUUCAAAAAAGAAUAUGGCUCAACUGUGGUUACUUCAAUAAACAGAAGGGACAGUGAAAUAGAACUUGUGGGGCCUUCUCUUCAACGUGCAACACACCAAUAUGAUUAUGAACACAUAGUUGAUAUAGAGAAGAUUUAUUCAAUCAAAUUGAAUAAGUCCCUAUAUGGGCUAAAGCAAUCAAGUCGCAUGUGCAAGGAGCAAUUUGUGCACAUGAUGCGGUUGGAUGCAGUGUUCAUCAUGGAGCUGAUUCUGCGAGAUCCUAACAUGUGCAUUAGUGUUUCAGAUGGAUAA